CAACAGGUAGUUUGUGGCAGGGUGCGUCCCCCGCGACUGGUUCCUCUCCGCCGUUGCCGUCCUGUUUCGGGAGCGGCAGCUGCUCCGGUAGCAGUGUCGCCGCCGCGGCGGCAGUUGACAGUACAGUAACGACGCAGAUGCCGCUUUUAUUGACAGUGUCGCAAGACAAAUUCUACUCCGCUGAGAGCACGACCUCGGUGGCUCUGCAGCAAGAUCGAGAUAGACUUGUAAAAGGAGGAUCAGUGCAACAGGAUCAGGCAGCUGGCCCGUCGGCGAAGCAAAUGUUAAUGGAGAGUAUGCGAAAAGAGAUUACGGAACUGGUUAGGAAUAAACCAACUGGCUCUACAUCUGGUACGGCUGGGACCGAAAGUAAUUCGCCUGCUACAACUGCGGCGGCACCAGCAAGUGCGGCUGCUGGUGCAGCUGCCUUUACUUCAUCUGCCGCAGAAGAAAUUGCAGAAGAGGCACGGCUGCAAGAACGUGUCGAAACUUCUGCAGAGGAAGAGGAGCACAAGCAAGCGGAGGCAGAAGUAAAGCCUCCCCGUAGAGACAAAACCCGCCGCCAGAGGCUGCAAGGAGCGGAGCAGCGAGAAGCGGCGGCUGCUUCCGCUUCGGCUGCCGCGGCAGCCGAUGUUGCCCGGGCCCAAGAACAAGAAGGAGGGCAUGAUAUUCCAGAAAAGCCAACUGAAGAUGAGCAACAGGGAGGUCCCCCGCAAGAGCAGGAUCAGCUUCUGAACUACUUCUUCUGGCAGCAGCAUAUCAAAUGCAAAAAUGUCUGGGUCUGGAAACUUGUGAUGCUAGAAUGUGGAUGAUGGAAAGAGUUCCGAAUGCAACCCAGCAUGACAACUUUCCAGAACGCUCUCUCAUAGGCAAUCCGCAUGAGAAUUUGCGUUUUUGCAUGUACAAAAGAGGUCGCGACUUUUGUUGGUAAUGCAAUAGAUACAGAUAUUCUAGGUAUGGAAAGCUAGCAUUACAAGUUCCAACCUUCCAGACCCAGACACUUUUGCAAUCCAUACAGCAGGAGCAAAGACGAUUGGCCAUGCUGCAGCAGAUUCAGAGUUUGCAGCAGGGUGGCGCUGUGCCGCCGGCGGGCGACCCCCAGCAGCAGCAGCAGCAGCAGCAGAUAUACGUCAGCAACCAACAAGC